GAACGCAGUCGGUGUCUGUUCGCGCGCCAUGGAUAACCUUCCACGCCGCGGGCACAACGAACAAAGAUGGAUGUUCUGGAAGAGAAGACGUCACUUAGUGACGUUUCUCGCGUUCCUGGGGUUCUUCACCGUAAACAUAUUGAGGGUUAACUUCUUCAACGCGAUUAACCCCAUGAUAACUCCCUACAACGUCACCCUGGACAACGGAACAGUUGUGGAGAAACAAGACGUCACCUGGAACUUCUGGGAAAUAUUCACCAUCUUGCGCGCCUUCAUCUUCGGAAAUGCCGCCACUCAGAUUCUAGGAGGGUGGCUAGGUGCCUGUCUGGGUGGCAGUCGAGUGUUCGGUGUGGCGGUGGCCCUCUCAGCACUCAUUUCUCUUGUUACGCCUUUUCUGGUCAACACAGACGUGGUUAACAUACUGAUAGCCAUCAGACUCAUUGAAGGUCUCUUUGCGGGUGUCACUUAUCCGAGUAUUAUCGCCGUCUGGUCUCGAUGGGCGCCUCCCCAGGAGCGGACUCGACUGGUUACCAUCGCCUUCUCGGGCAGCUUUUUUAGUACCGUAGUCACCCCCCCAGUUUGUCGCUUCAUCGCCAAUACCUUAGGCUGGCCGUACAUCUUCUACAUCUCAGGUAUAAUCGGAUUGAUAUGGUUUGUUGUUUGGUGGACUGUGGUGAAGGACAAACCGGAAGACGACCCUCACAUCUCCACAGAGGAACUAAAGUACCUGAGAGACAAUCUUGACAGUGGACCUAAUGACUAUAUUCCUAAACAUAUUAUAUAUCCUUGGGACAAGUUCGUCACGUCGAUGCCUGUAUGGGCCAUAGUUGUGGCUCACACCUGCAUGAGCUGGGGCCUCAUUGUACUGGAAUUGGAUCUGCCGGUCUUCAUGAGAGAUGCAUACAACUACAAAGUAGACCAAACCGGACUCAUGUCGUUCCUGCCAGUUCUAUUGAUGGCUGUCCUGAUGCCGGUUGCUGGAGUAUUGGCUGACUGGUUGAGAAACACAGAAGUGCUCACUACCACACAAGUGCUGAAAGUUUUCAACUGCGGUACCUUCAUAAGUCAGGCAAUAUUGAUUUUGCUUGCAGGAAACUUAAACUCCGUCAAUGGUGUGUUAUUGUGUCAGGUUAUGGCCAUACUUCUGUCAGCGUUUUCCAGGGCUGCCAUGAGUGUAAAUCACCUGGACAUAGCGCCUCAGCACGCCAGUGUUCUGAUGGGACUUUCAAACACAUUUGCAUGUGUUAUAGGCCUUCUGAGUCCACUUCUUACUGACUACAUCGUCAAAGAAAGGACUGUGGAGCAGUGGCAGUACAUGUUCUACUUAAUCAUCGCCGUCUAUCUCGUGGGGGCACUCUUGUACUGGGCAUUCGCCUCAGCAGAGAGACAGCGCUGGGCUCCCCCUGCACCUACCCCAGAAUCAGAGAGUCUAUCACUCCCACAACGAAGCCAUGUCAUCUGAUCCUGUAUGAGGAACUGUGAAUAAACUGUUGGAUACGUUUGUUACUGAGCUCUAAUUCCUAUUUUAUAUUCAAAACGAUGUACUAAACAAUAGCUACAGUGGACAGCUAAUGUUUGGAAACAGAGUUCAAUUGUAAUUAAACUGUUGUUAUAUUUGUUACUGAAAUGCGUAUAUUCGAAACUAUGUACUAAACAAUAGCUACAGCGCACAACUACUGCUUUGAAACGUUGUUGAAUAUUUUAGAGGACUGUUCUUAGAGUCUAAACAUAAAUAAAAUACUACAUGAAAAUAAGACUAAAA